CACAACAUGGCUGGAGCAGGCAGCAACGGAGACGCCCUGCCUCCCCGGAUGGAGAUCAUAGAGAUGAAUGGCAAGUUAAGAAACAGGCAAGAAAUUGUGAAUGGACUGAACAUAUUUUUGGAAGAAAAUGAAGAAGAAGCCUCUUUAGAAGAACUGGAAGAAGAAUCUGACAUGUUUGAGGAGGAAGAAACUGAAGCUCUGAAUGAAGAUGGUUCCAAAGAAGCACACAAUAAUGUAAGAACGUCUCAUAAAGUGUCCCUCAGGAGUAUUGCAUCAAUGACAGAUGAAGAGAGAUUUAAUAUGAGAAUUAAGAAGUUUGGUAUAAAUACAAGUAAAGAAUUCAGAAAAUCACCAGGGGCUUCUUGCUUUGGACUGCCUCUGUCAACGGGCAAAGAAAAUGCUGAUAUGGAAAAGAAGAGGAGGCGCCUGGAACGUUUUGGACUCCUAUGAUUCACUUCUGCAUCUUCUCUCCAGAUUUUCUAUGUUAAAAGUAAAGAGAAGAUCCAAUUUCAACAUUUCAUCUACUCAUUAUCAUCAAUUCUUUAAUUUUUCCAUUGACAUUGGUUUGUACUUAUAAUGUCACUGCUAUAAUUUAUAAAUAAAAACAGUCACCCAUAUUUACUAUA